GGCCGCUCCCGGCCGCGUGCGGCGCGCACGUCGGCGCAAGCGCGGAGGCUGGGGCAGUUGGCCGGCGCGCCACUGCGCAUGUGUAUCAACUAGAAGGGUGGGUGCCGGGCCGGAGGCUUUCGAGUAACAGCGCGGGUGAGGUCGUUGAGCUGGCCGGCGUCUCAGGUCUUCUGGGGCCGCGAAGGCACCACACCUGUUCAGAUGGAGCAGUGUGCUAGUCACCCAAAGAGCAAAGCCAAAGAGGAAAGUAAUGCUGUGCCUCUUUGUCGAGCCAAACCCUCCCCUAGCUUUAUUAAUCUUCAAGCAAGUUCCCCACCGGCCACAUUCCUGAGCGUCCAGACAGCAAAGCUGCCCUCAGGAAUAUUUGCUCAUCGGCCGAGCAAAGGUGCAUGUGGGUCGAGUUGUGCCUGGAAAGAUGAGAGGGUCAUCCCGCUAGAGCCCUCCCUGCCUCGGUGCCAUCACAGACUCUCCGGUGCCCUUUGCUCCUCCGUUGCUCUCCCUUCAGGAGUUGACCCCAAGCCCAAGGAAUGCCUGGGACUCCUGGAAUGUAUGUAUGCCAACCUCCAGCUUCAGACCCAGCUCGCCCAACAGCAGAUGGCUAUUUUGGAAAAUUUACAAGCGUCCAUGACACAACUGGCUCCUGUGCGGGGCAGCAAGAGCUCCUCCCUCCCGGCCUUGUCCCGCAAUCUGUUGCUAAAUCGCCUGCCCCAGUUCAGGAAAUGAAUUGUGGAACGAA